AUGACUAGGCUUGAUAUUGCCUUCUCCGUGAACAAAGUGUCCCAAUUUAUGCAUGCACCCCUAGAACAAUACUGGAAGGCAGUAAAAAGAACACUCUGCUUCCUGGCCGAGACAAUUAAUUUUGGGGUUGAAAUUCACAGAAGCAACGACUUCAGAAUCUUAGCCUUUUGUGACUUAGAUUGGGUAGCAGAUCCUGUGGAUAGACGGUCAACAACAGGGUAUUGCAUAUUCCUUGGGGUGAAUCUCAUAAAUUGGUCAAGCAGGAAGCAAACGGCUGUAGCCAAAUCAAGUGAUGAGGCUGAGUUUAGGGCCAUUGCUGAUGCCAUGACAAACACUAUGUGGCUGCAAAAAAUCCUUUAUAAAAUGCACAUACCAACUGGACUUCCUCUAAUAUUAUUUUGUGACAAUCAAAGCACAGUGCUCAUGAGUCAGAAUCCAAUUCUGUAUAGUUGA